AUGCAUAACAACUGUUUUGAUAAUAGUAAUUCGUACAUAGAAUGGAAGCCCAAUGAAAAAAUAUAUAAAACCAUAAUUGAGGCACUAGAAUCGUCAUGUAACAGCUCGAAUAACAGUGUCCAAAUUGAGGUUACGAAAAUUUUAAAAGACCUAAAUGAAAAUGUAGCAGAUGCAGCAUUGUACUUGCUACAUAUAUUUAUGAACAAGCAAGAGAAAAAUGAUGUGAGACAAGUUGGAGGAUUAUUAUUAAAAAAUUACAUAAAUUCUAAAAAUAAAUUUUUAAACAAUGAAAUUUUAAAAAUAAUUAAGAAUGAAAUUUUCAAGUCAGUAGAAGAUGAAGUAAAAGAAAUAAGGAAUACAUCAGGUUCUGUAAUAACAACUAUAUUAACAAAAUAUGAAGGUAUAGAUAAAUGGCCGGAAGCAUUAUAUAAUUUAUUACUACUGAUUGAACGUGGAAAUAAUGAUGUAGUAGAUGGAGCAUUUCGUGCUAUUAUAAUAAUAAUUGAAGAUGAAUUAAUGAAUAGAAAAAACGCUGAUUCUUUUUUUUUUCAAUUUUGCAAAACACAGUUAUUACAAAAAUUAUUCACAUAUUGCUCACCACAAGAAAAAAGUAUAAAAAAAAAAUAUGCUGCUGAAUGUCUCGAUUUAUUCAUAACUUCAUCCUGUUUUACAACGAAUGGUAUUUUUAAUGAUUAUUUUCCCCAACUAUGGGAAUGUUUAGGAUAUCUAGCUUCAGAAGAAGAUACACAAAUUUUAAAAAUUGUCGUAACAUGUAUGACCAUCAUUACAGAUACAAGAUAUUCCUCUAUAUUUACCAAUCUAGAUGCAAUAAUACAAUUUAUGGUAAAUGCAACCAACUCAUGUGAUAGAAAGGUUCAAUUGGAAGCGUUAGAAUUCUGGCCAGUAUUUAUUAAAGAUAGGAGCUAUAUUGCGUAUUCGAAUUAUAAUAAUAAUAAUAAAAUAGUUGAUGUUAACAAAACAGACAACUACAUCGAUGAAAAUGUUUAUAAAAAUAUGAACGAAUUAAGGAAUGAAGCUCUGAAAGUAUUAAAAAAUUAUUUACCAUAUUUGUGCAAAAUAUUGGUAGAUAAUACAGUAUAUACCAAGUGGGAUUACUUAACUAUGGAUGAAUCUCAUUUUCAAAAUGAUAACGCAAAUGUACCUGACUUGAUUCAGGAUAUUUCUCCAGAGUUGUACAACAAUAAUAAUAAAAAUAAUGAUAUUAACUCUCAACAGCACCAAAUGCAAGGUGAAGUAAAGAUGAACAAAAUGAAUUCCAAUGAUAUCCAUACGCAUAUGGGAAGUAACACUCGAAAUGGAAAUAGGAAUAGUAAUAACAGUAAUGUGAAUAAUAUUGGGAGUACGAACACAGGAGGAAUGAUGCAUCCAAAUGAAUUGACGAAUAAUGACAACAUGGAUGACUUGAGUGAGGAUGAUGAGGGUGAAAGAAUGGAUGAUAUGACAGCUAGAACGUGGGGAAAUGAUUGGACUGUUAGAAAAGGGGCUGCUUUGUGCUUAGAUUACUUAUCCAAUGUGUUUAACGAUGAAAUAUUAGAAUUUAUUUUACCCCAUAUAGAGGAAAAGCUGAUGAGUGAUAAGUGGAAUAUGAGGGAAAGUGCAGUGCUAACCCUAGGGGCUAUAGCAAAAGGUUGUAUGUACAGUUUAUCACCAUUUAUUCCCAAAGUAUUAGAAUAUUUAAUAAAAUUAUUAAACGAUGAGAAACCUUUAGCAAGAAGCAUUUCUUGUUGGUGUGUAACAAGAUUUUCAUCCUGGAUAUGUCAUCCAGAUAAUUGUGACAAAUGGUUUGAACCCGUUUUAUUAAAUUUGUUAAAAAGAAUUCUAGAUACAAAUAAAAGAGUACAAGAAGCAGCAUGUUCCUCAUUUGCAAAUUUGGAGGAAGAUGCGUUAGAUUUACUCAACAAUUAUUUACAUGAAAUUGUUCAUACGAUUCAACAAGCAUUCCAAAUAUAUCAAGCGAAGAAUUAUUUUAUAUUAUUCGAUGUAGUUGGAACCUUGAUUGAUAGUGUAAAUAUUGUGAAAGAGAAUAAUGAUUUAGCACAUGAAAUUGUAAAUUCCAUUUUAUUAAAAUGGAAUAAUAUACGUAUUAGUAGCCCACAUAUUAUAGCCUUAAUGGAAUGUAUGUCAUGUAUUACUAGUGCAUAUGGAAAAGAUUUUUUAAAAUAUGCAAAAAAUGUCAUAAGAACUUGUAUUAAGUUUUUGGUAUUAUUAUACAUAGAUUUAGAAGAGGAGAUAAAAUAUUACUAUAGUAAAAAAUCAGGAAACACAAACUCAUUUAUUGUUAAUAGAAAUAAUAUAUCUGUAACAGCUAGUGAAUUAUUAGCUUAUUAUAAAAUUACAAAUGAGGACUAUUUUACGAAUUUGAAAGAUGUCGAUUCUAUUUCUCCAUCCAAGAAAAAGGAUCUAAUUGAAUGUAGCUUUGAUUUAUUAUCAAGAAUUUUAAGUGUUAUUAAUUCGAAUAUUGUGAAUAUUAUAAGUGAAAAUGAGUAUAAUUUUAUACCACUAGUACAUAGAUAUUGCUUAAAAUUUGAAAAUAUAAAGUUUGAUGGUGUCUUAAAUAGUAAGUUAAUAAUUAGUCAGGAUUUUAAUAAAAUGGUUCGAACAACAGAAGAUAACACAUCAUUAGUAUCAUCAUCAACUAGUAAGAAUGGAAGAAUGUUAAUAGGAAAAGAAGGAGUAGGAGAGCAUGAUGAUGAACGCACAGAAUUAGCUAAACACUUUUUGAAUUUUGGUAUAUUACAAUCUAAUUUUGCAUUGAUAGGAGAUAUAUCUAGAUUUUGUGCACAACAUUUAAUACCCUAUUUGAAUGAUAUUAUCCCAUUUCUUAUUGCACAUAUUACACAUCCAUCUACACCUGUUUCAAAUAACGCAAGUUGGGCUAUUGGAGAAAUUAGUAUACAUAUCGACCCACAAUACAUGGAAAUAUAUGUUGAUGAAAUAAUUAAACAGCUUAUAUACAUUUGUCAGAAUUCUAAAUAUCAUGGUUGCUUAUUACAAAAUAUUUGCAUAACUUUAGGUAGGUUAUCCUCCACCUAUCCAAAAAAAAUCAUUUUUUAUAUUCCCCAAUUUUUAAAAACGUGGUUAAAAAUAAUGGCUCAUGGUACACAAGAAAAUGAAAAAAUUAAUUCACUCAAAGCUAUAUUAGAAACGCUUUAUUUAAAUCUAGAUAUUGCGGCCGAAAAUUUGCGAGACAUUGCUUAUAUCAUAUUAAAAUAUAGGUACGUAUCGCAGAAUGUAAAUAUAUUUUUUCAUCAAUUUUUAUCUACCAUGAAACAAAAAUACCCGAAUCAUUGGAAAGAAAUUUAUAAUUCAACGAGCGAUUCCCUUUCCUCUCCAAUACCUGACGACAUGCUGAACGAUUUGAGCACGAGAUUUAAUUUAUAA